CGUUUCUAGUGUUUACACAGCCACAAAUUGACUACAAAUUCAUACACUUACAUAUAAUAACGCAUUUUAUAUAGGUCUUUUUUUCACACAUGUAACAGCGAUCAAACUUUUAAACUUGUGUCCAAAAUUAAGAGCGCUACAUUUUGACAAUUAGAAAUCGUUUAUUUUGGAACUUUGAUUUGUAAAACGUUUUAAUUUAACUCGUUGCGUUUUGACAAGAAAUCGUUUAUUUGGAACUUUGAUUUGUAAAACGUUUUAAUUUAACUCGUUGCGUUUUGACAAGAAAUCGUUUAUUUGGAACUUUGAUUUGUAAAACGUUUUAAUUUAACUCGGGCGCGAGGAAAAAAUCGCAUUUGUAACGCAGUUUUAAAGUGUACCUGUCAAAUAAAACUUAUAUAUCAUACUGUCGUAUAUAAUGAUAUUUGCAUUGCUUUUAGUGAGACAAAGGAGAUCCAUAUAUAACACGCGUCUACACAAUAUGUAUUGUAAUCCUUUUAUCUUCCAAUAGUAAACCUCGCAACGAAAUAUUGAACUUGAUAAAACCUAACUAAUAUUUUGCUGUUCUUCAGAUGCUUGUUAACCAAUUAUGGCAAUAAUUACUUAUGAGUUGUGGUCGAUUACACUAACAUCUGCCGAUGUUCUCGAGAGCAAUAAUAGCAAAUAGGGAGGGGAUAUACUGAUGAAUAUUUAACGAGGGCAAUUUUGCAGGUGUUCCAUACAGUAACACGACAAAAUAAUGAAUAUAUUCAAUAUCAGUUCGUAUUCAACGUUGUUACUGUAUCAGGGAAGCUAGAAUCUUUGGAAUGGGAGCCGAGAUGGACUUGGAAGACUCGACAACACUUCGGUGCUCGCUGUGUAACGAGCACUUCAGAGAACCGUAUAUCUUAAAAUGUCUUCAUACGUUUUGUCGUGAAUGCCUUCGAAAACAAAAUCAAGACAAAGACAGCGUUAUCUGUAAAAAUUGCGAACAGAAAUCAAGUAUCAAAGCCAUGCGGCAGAAUUGUUUUUUCGCAAACAUCAUGGCAGCGUCGCUUCUCAAAGAAUUUCAGAAAGGGGAUAUUACUUGUGGCAAUUGCUCGGCCGGAAAUCGACUUUUGAAGUAUUGUAAAGAGUGUAUGGAGUACCUGUGCAAUGCAUGUGUUUACUGCCAUGAGAACACGAAGCUGACACGUGCCCAUAACUUGAUACCGUUAGAUAAAUUCGAAGAGGAGUUGGUAAUUCGCGGUCAGAACCGUGCCGUGUUUUGUCCUGCUCACGAAGAUAAUGUAGUGGAGCAAUACUGCCGGUCGUGUGAAGAGACUAUAUGUCGGGGGUGUGAAGUACACCAGGAACAUAAUGCCGUGAGUGUCGCUGAAGGAUGUUCGAUAGAAGUUCCUCAAUUGGAAGCGGUGCUGGAAAGAGCGAUAUCGAAGGUUAGCGAGCCUUGCUUCCUUCAUCUUCUCUGCAAUGUCUACCACCCCACAUCUUCUGAUCUCUUCAUUCCAUAAUGUCUCUGACCAGCUCUCCUUCAUCUCUUCUUAUUACAUGUCCAUACCAUCUCAACCUUGCUUUCCUCACCUUCUCUGCAAUGUCUACCACACACAUCUUCUGAUUUCUUCAUUCCAUAAUGUCUCUGACCAGCUCUCCUUAAUCUCUUCUUAUUACAUGUCCAUACCAUCUCAACCUUGCUUUCCUCACCUUCUCUGCAAUGUCUACCACCCCACAUAUUCUGAUUUCUUCAUUCCAUAAUGUCUCUGACCAGCUCUCCUUCAUCUCUUCUUAUUACGUGUCCAUACCAUAUCAACCUUGCUUCCCUCACCUUCUC